UCUUACUGAAACAAUGCUGCCCUUUGCGGUUGUCUUGCUGUGUAUCGUAGCGGGAGUAUUUGGCGAUGAGCCUUCAGAGCCACUACCAUCAAUGUUCAGGGAUGAGAAUGGCAAUGAGUUCUCGGCAAAACAGGAUGGGCCUAACAUUAUGCUGUAUAACAGCAGUGGGGCUCUGCUAUCGAACAUUCUCAACGAGAACGGCUGGGUUGUCGUGCUCGACCCAGGCAGAAAUGUCUGCGUGAUCGUAGACCCCAAUGCCGUGGCCGCGGAGGGCGACUGUUUUGAGGAGGUUCCGUACAGUGGCGUCGUACCUGAAAACGUGCAGAAGUUCUGCGACGGGAAAGAUAUCGUCGAGCAGGUCAAGGUGGACUGCGAGGAAGAACAGGAAGGGCGGAAGAAAAGACAGUUAUGGCCCAAAUUGGUUUGGUCCCGCUGUUGCCGUUAUAUACCCGUCCCGUGGUGGCCCUGUAGUCAUACCGUGUGCAUCCUGUCCAUUAACGGGCAAUGCGUGGCGUGGGGUUGCCGCGACUGGCAUUGGCACUGGCAUUGGGUUCGGAUAUGCAUCUGGGGCUACCAUUGGCCAUGGUGGGGUUAAUGGCGAUUCCACAUGAGAGAAUAUUGCGCUAAAACGCGUCCAUUUUUGUCUUCCUUUCUUCCUUUUUUCUUUAGCGCACAUAUGAAAUAAAUAAAAACAAUGAUGAAAUUUAAGCAAUACUUCGAUCAAAUAUGCUUUCUUUGAAUAAAAUUUAAGAACACUA